UUCAGCAACAUAACUCUAUCCGGACGGGACUAUUCCUUUAAUAAUGACGGUUAUCUGGCCAAUCCGCUCCUGGAUGUGAUCUCCUACACCGCAGGAAGAGGCUGGGAGGAGGUAGGUUGGUGGGAGAACGGAGUGCUGCGCUUGCGUUACCCGCCAUGGUCUCGAUACGGGCCGUUUCUCAAACCCCUGGAUGAUUCACAACACUUGCGUGUGGUUACUCUGGAGGAGAGGCCGUUUGUCAUCGUGGAACCCGCUGAUCCUGGAACAGGCUCCUGCAUCAGAGACUCAGUGCCGUGCCGACUGCCGCUCAACAACAGCAUGGUUGUUGAGGGCAUUCAAUCCAUGAAGCACUGCUGCAAAGGCUUCUGUAUUGAUGUUCUCAAGCGCCUGGCUAAAAUAGUGGGCUUCACCUAUGACCUCUAUCUGGUGACCAAUGGCAGGCAUGGAAAGAACAUAGAUGGACAGUGGAAUGGAAUGGUCGGGGAGGUGGUGUCGAAGCGGGCCGACAUGGCGAUCGGCUCCCUGACUAUUAAUGAAGAGAGGUCAGAGGUUGUGGAGUUCUCUGUCCCGUUUGUGGAGACGGGCAUCAGUGUCAUGGUUUCUCGCAGCAACGGCACUGUGUCGCCAUCUGCUUUCCUCGAGCCGUACAGUCCAGCUGUGUGGGUGAUGAUGUUCGUCAUGUGCUUGUCUGUGGUCGCUGUAACCGUCUUCAUAUUCGAGUUCUUCAGCCCUGUCGGAUAUAACCGAAGCCUACAGAGCGGCAAGACGGCUGGAGGUUCAAAGUUCACUAUAGGGAAGUCUAUUUGGCUGCUGUGGGCUCUGGUGUUUAAUAACUCCGUUCCGGUGGAGAACCCGAGAGGCACUACCAGUAAGAUAAUGGUGCUGGUCUGGGCUUUCUUUGCUGUCAUCUUUCUGGCCAGCUACACUGCUAACCUGGCAGCUUUCAUGAUCCAAGAGGAGUACAUCGACACCGUGUCAGGACUCAGCGAUAAGAAGUUUCAGCAUCCCACUGAACAGUAUCCUCCCUUGCGCUUCGGCACCGUCCCAAAUGGCAGUACAGAGGAGAAUAUACGCAGCAAUUACCCCAACAUGCAUCAGUACAUGGUGCGGAACAACCAGAGAGGAGUGGAAGAUGCCAUCGAAAACCUUAAAACCGGCAAACUGGAUGCAUUCAUAUAUGAUGCAGCUGUCCUGAACUACAUGGCUCGUAAAGAUGAGGGCUGUAAAGUAAUGACCAUCGGCUCUGGAAAAGUGUUUGCUACUACAGGAUAUGGAGUUGCCUUACACAAGAACUCCCGCUGGAAGCGUCCACUCGACCUCGCGCUCCUGCAGCUAGUUGGAGAUGAUGAGAUCGACAUGCUUGAACGACUCUGGCUGUCCGGGAUCUGCCAUAAUGAUAAGAUCGAGGUGAUGAGUUCCAAGUUGGACAUAGACAACAUGGCCGGAGUUUUCUACAUGCUUUUGGUUGCCAUGGGCUUGAGUCUGCUGGUGUUUGCAUGGGAGCAUCUUGUCUAUUGGAAGCUCCGCCACUGUUUAGGCCGCACUAGAGGACUUGACUUCUUACUGGCUUUUAGUCGGGGAAUGUACAGCUGCUGCAAUUUUGAGGAUGAAACAGCUCCUGGAGGUUCCCAAUGCACACUUCCUCAAUACCAUCACGUCUCCACAGUUCCUCCUCCUCCACCGCCUCAUGUGAUCUCAACGGCUGUGGGCAAUCCCCCUAUUGCUAUGGCACAACAACAGCCACAGCAGCAACAAAAGCAACACCACCAGCAGCCACCAGUCUACAGUGCUCUUCUUCCUGGCUCCCCUCCAUCAGGUGGACAUUCUGCAAUGGCUUUAGGGCCAUCAAACAGUCCCAUUCUCGGGGCACCCAUGCCUUGCUCUACAUUCCUACCACGUCAUGAUCGUCGAUUAGCUGUGGUGGAUCGGUGGACACGUCCAAAGGUGGGCUCUGAGAAGCCGAGUGGUGGGAUUACAGAUUUAACCCCAUUCCAAGGCAUGCCCCCUCAUUGGGGUGCAGGAAUAACUGGAGGGGAGGGAGGUCUGGAUGAGUACAAGAGAUACUAUGGCCCAAUCGAUCCAGAGGGCUUAGGGGUCUCUGUAGAGCCUCAAAAUUUGAGUACUCAAACUCCAAAAACUAAGCAUCGUGGUACAAAAUCUUCUGGAAACCCACGAUUACCCCCUAAAGGUCAAACAUCUGGACAUACAAUUAACCCUGCAUUACAACAUCCCUCUCCACCUCAGCAGUCUGUCUGGAGGAGAAGUAGUCUAUCAAAAAGGAAGGGCUCAGGGGGACCACUGUAUGAAAAUAUCCUUCCACUUGGAAGGAGAGGUGGCGGCAGGUAUGGAAUAAGGGAUGGUGGUGGGAGAAGAGGUCGUCGUCCUCCUCCCCUUCCACUGCCUAUACCUGUGCCCCUCUCAUCACCAACACAAACUCCACCCACACCUUCUCCAUCCAUAUGUUACACCUCCACUUCUUCUAGCAGCUCUAGCUCCUCCAGUUCAUCCUCCUCUUCAGAAUCAAUCUCUAGAUCUAAUUCUCCCUCCUCUUCAUCAUCAUACACAUCAUCCCAGAGCUUCAGAUACCGGGCAGAUGUACGAGACAUAUAUGAGGACUAUGACACCGAUGAGCUUACAGAAGAGUCAAGCUUGCUUUUGGGGAGGAGAAAAAGUCGUUCACGUAUGUCCUCUCGUUCACUGCCCAGCAGUCCUCCACCACCACCUAUACCACCCCGAAAGCCUUGUGCACAGCGGCCGCAAGUGAGAGACAGAGCAGGCAGCCAGCUUGCACAGCUUCAAGAGUGGUGGGCAUCUUGGGGUGAGAAAGAAAAAGGUAGAAGGGCAGCUGGAGAUAGAGAAGUUAAGGAGGAGAAACGGCAUCACAAAGAAAGGGAAAGAGAGAGAAAGAGGAGGAAGAAGGGUAGAAAGAAAAAGAAGCGAGAAGACCGUGAAAGAGAAAGGGAACGUAAAAGACGUAAAGUGAAAAAGAAAAAGAAAAAAGAAGAGAAGGCCAGGAAAAGAGAGAGGGAAAAGCGAUCUGAGCAAGAAGAGGUAGAUAUGGACAGAAAAGAUGUGUUCGAAAAAGGAAUAGGACAGGAAUACUCUUCUUAUCCUGCACCAAGGCGAAGCUCUUUCAGAAAAAAGAGUGAAAGCUCUACAAGGAGUUACGAAUGGGAUAGAGAUGCUGUUAAGAGAGACAGGGAUGAUCAAGGAGGAGAUGAUGAAGAAGGCAGUAGGGGAAAGGAAAGGCAUCAAAGAAGCCCAAAAUCGCAUCGCCAUUCCAGACCAAGGUCCAAUAACAAGCAUUUUUCCACUUCAAACAAACCUCCUUCGACCGUUAAAUUUUGGGGUAGUGGGAACCCAACUUCUGAGUCGCCAUCGUCCUUUGUGCCCCUGCUUCCCAUUGCCUCUAAAAGACGAAAAUCUGUGGGACCUGAGAGAGAUGAGCGAGGUAGAGGUGGAGAGAGUCGGCCUCUUUUAGGAAAAAAUGGUAGAGGUAAGCCUUGCUCAAGAGAAGGCCUGUCAUUUCACGAAUGGGAUUCUGAGGAAGAAGAGGAAGAGUCUGAAAUGGAAAGAAAUAGGGCAGAAGAACAGGGGAGAAGACGGGAAAGUAGAGGAAUGGACUCAGAGUCUGAAAGGGACAGAGAAAAAACUGUUGAGAUAUACACAGAUGAUGAAGGUUCUUCAGGAGAGUUUGGUAAGUUUGAGAGAUACUGGGAGGGUCACGAAGGAAGGGCAGUUGGUGGCAUUGGAGGGGGAGGAUGGUUUUUUGGCACCUACCCUGCCAGAGAAAGAGGAGGUAGCAUAAACAGUAGAGAUGAUUCUUUUUUGGGAUGGGGUGGAGGAGAAAGUAGUUUGGGGUUUGGUACAGGAACAGGAUGGGGAUCAGGAGGCUUAGGAUCAAACCAAUGGCCCCAAACUCCAUUGACUCCUCCACCUCCACGGAGAUACUGGUCUGUAGAUAAAUUACCAGUCAAGACUGAAAAGAAAUCUAAGAGCAGGUCUCAAGAGAAGAGUCGAGGCCACACAUCCUGUUCCUGCCAGUCCCCCCAUCACUCUGCCAGCGCUCACUCUAAAUGGAAUCGGGUCACUUCUAGGAGUCAGGAGGAGCUCCUCCCCCACUGCCACAGUUUCAGCAGCAGCGUAAGGCCUAAACGGCAAUCAUCUAAACAGGACCGGGCUCAAAGCCAGGCAAAAUCUGGAAGCCAGUCCAACCUCAGUGCACAACGACCCCAACGCGCAGACCGGUCCAGACAACCGCCCUCCCCUCCUCAAAGCCUACCGCCAUCUUUACCCUCUCCAAUGGUUCCUGCACUCCCAGCACCACCCUCUUCCUCUCAUCAUAUACACGCACCUCCACCUACCUCCUCCUCCUCAGUUUCCUCCCCUUCCGUUGUCUCAUCUACACCUGGUGCACCACAGCCCUCCUCAUUGUCCUCCUCUAGUGCUAAGCUCCAAUACCAGAAACUGCGAUCAGUUCCCCAACCCCAAAGGUAUCAAUCCCCACAUCUUCCCCUUAAAACCAAGAACAUGUGCUCACGUCGAGGCUCUGCUCACUUCUCUAGUGUUGAGAGUGAGGUCUGAGGAACAUAAUUAAAUGAAGAACAUCAGCAAGCAGCCCCUAAGGGCAAUCGAGUCACCUGCUCACACCACAAACUGUUAACUGUUCAAAGCAGUCGAGUUGGGUUGUUUUUGUUGGCACCCUUCUCUUGCACAAAGCUCUAAUGCUCCUAAGAGACAAACCUGGAUUGGGAUGUGACUGAAAUUGUAGCCCUUUCUCUUUACUUGUGUAAGAAUGGAAUACUGCCAUGCUGACUAAUCUUGUCAAUGUUAGAGAGGCUGUUCAUAAGGGAUUGGCUUUGCUUCUCUUACGUCUUGGGGGAUUUAAGGUGGAGCUCCGAUAAUGGGGGUAAAUGUGAUUUUCUGUGGAAUGAUUUUCUGCUUGAUGGCUCAGGAAUGAUUUUCAGAGGGGAGAUUCUGAGGUUAAAAUACAAAGCCCUAAUGCCCCACAACCACCUUUUUUCUCCCUCACUUGCUCUCAGAGCUCUGAAUCAUGUAGUUGUUGUGUAUAUUUGUUCAAAUAUCUCAAGGGAAGCAUUCACAAAGGAAAGUAGCAAUCCAUUUUUUUUUUCUCAGUGCAUUUUUCUUGACCUCCACCUUCUGCAAACUGACAUAUAGCAUUCUGUGUGUUGUUGUCAGUGUUUGUAUUCCUAGCAACAGGGUAAGUUAGCCAUGACUGAUCUCAUAUUGGCUUACUGAAGCUGAAUGCCAAACUCACGUGGAGCUGAUGUACAGUCUUUUUCUGUUGAAAUCAUUUCACUGGUAUUCAUGUCUCAUUCUAGUCCCUUGAGCAAUACAUAAUUAACUACAAACAGCAUUCAAUACAUAUAUUUUAUAUUUAAAAGUUAUUUUAUUAUAUAUAAUAUAUAUGUUUUGUGAUUUGGUUCCAAACGGUUGUGUUAUUAAAAGAAUAUAAGCACUGUGCUGUAUUACCGUAGGGCACAUGCAAUGUUACAACUACCUAUAAUCAGUGGAAGCCCUUUCCUUCUCGACUGAAUGUACAUGUUGCCAUGAGAACACAGUGUGCUGCAACCAAGACACUUUUAAAAUCGUAGCUUUCUUGGGGGAGACCUUCUCAUCGGAGCCGGUUAGAUUAGCUUUGGACGCUGAUGUUGUGAGUGCCAGGAUGACAGGGCUAGCCAUAUUGCAGCACUGUACUUGCUAACCGAGUGUCAUCAUUCAGAUAGCGAUAACUGAAGGAGAGCACUGUUUACAGUUUAACACUGUGUUUUUACACCUUUUUUUACAAGCUGCUCUGCUCUGCCAUUUAUUAUCUUCGGACAAGAUAUUCAUACUUGCUUAGCAAGUUUUGCUUAAGCUGUAAAAGUAGCAGCAAAGAUAAACUGGUCAAAAAUAGAGUUGCAAUUUUAUGCUUUUAUUAGACAUAUCUGUUCAAUAAAAAAAUAAAUAAAUAUAGCCAGAACGAGCAUUCUGUUAACUGUGAGGAAAAGACUGAUUAGCAAACCAGUCAGGUAGAUCUUUCAUUUAAUUUUACUUUUACCAUUUGUUAAAAGCUAGCAUCUUGAAGUGAUCGCUAUAAUUGACUGUGAAUAUUGCUAAGGGCAAUGCGUGUUGGCAGCAGGUCUGAGUCAACUAUGUUGUAUUUUAUUUUGUUUAAAUAGGGUUUAAACUUUCAGUUCGCGAAGAUUUCAUUGUCUUUUUGAGUUUCUUUUGUUUUAGAGUAAUAGUCAGUUGCCCAUUUUUGUAAGUAUGCUGCUUUGACAAAGCCAAUAUAAACUUCACUGACUGGCCACUUUAUUAAGCAUUAGGUUAACGCAAAUUUCUAAUCAGCCAAUCACAUGGCAGCAAACUCAAUGCAUUUAGGCAUGUAUUCAUGGUCAAGACGAUCUGCUGCAGUUCAAACCGAGCAUCAGAAUGGGAAAGAAAGGUGAUUUAAGGGACUUUAAAUGUGGCUUA